AUGCUCUUCCAGAAGCUCUCACUGCUCUUCUUGGCCCUGGGGAGCUAUGCAGCCACACUCCAGACAGCUUCCUCGGAGGUCACCACGCUCGACUCUUCCACGUCCAAAGAGCUGCUCGCCCUGCACAAGAAGCUGGUCAAGAUCGAGUCAAUCAGCGAUAACGAGCUCGAAGUAGGAACAUGGCUGGCAUCGUAUCUCGAAGACAACGGCUUCACGGUGGAAAAGCAAGAAGUUGCAAAAGACCGCUACAACCUCCUCGCCUACGGCAGCAAGCGCGACACCACCAUCCUCCUGUCCUCGCACAUCGAUACCGUUCCCCCAUACUGGCCGUACUACUACAACAAGACUACCGAUGUCAUUGGUGGUCGUGGUAGUGUCGAUGCGAAAGCCAGUGUUGCAGCGCAAAUACUGGCAGUUAAAGGGCUUGAUGAGGACGGCGAAGCCAGGAUCUUGCGCGACGACAUCUCGUUGCUCUUUGUUGUAGGCGAGGAAACUGGUGGUGAAGGCAUGAAGGCUUUCAGCUCGUGGAAGAAUCGUCCUCGGUAUGACAUCGUCAUCUUCGGUGAACCAACCGAGGGCAAGCUGGUCUGCGGUCACAAGGGCAUACUAGGCUUUACGAUCCAUGCAACGGGCAAGGCAGCGCACUCGGGCUAUCCAUGGCUUGGUGUGAGUGCUAACGACAUCUUGGCCGAGGCUUUGAGCGCGUUGCUUGAGCUGAGACAGCAUUUACCCUGGAGUGAGAAGUACGGCAACACCACCAUGAACUUUGGUCGCAUCGAGGGCGGCGUGGCAGCCAAUGUCGUCGCGGAGACAGCGAGCGCAAAGAUUGCGACACGUCUUGCGGCUGGAACGCCGGAGAUUGUAUCAGGCCUCAUCAUCAAUGCUGUGAAAGAUGUGAAAGCCAGCGCCCAGAAACAAGGCGGUGAUCUGAGCUUCGACUGGAGUGGCAACGGUUACGGUCCGGUUGACAUCGACUGCGACAUUGACGGGUUCGAGAAGCUGACCGUGAACUACGGGACUGACGUGCCUAACCUUGAAGGCGACCACAGGCGGUACCUAUACGGUCCGGGCAACAUCUUUGUCGCACACUCAGAUCACGAGGCGUUGAAGAGAAAGGAGCUUGAGCAGGCAGUCCUCGACUACAGGAGGCUCAUCAUCCAGGCCUCGAAGAUGGAGCCCAAGCAGAGUUCGGACAUUGACAACGAGCAAGUCGAGUUGUAG